GUCGUUGAGGGGAAGCAGCAGCGGGGGGAGGGGCUCCUCCUCUCUCGCCCCUCAGAGACACGACGGGGACCCUCUUGGGAGGGGAGCAGAAAGGGGUCUCUCCCAGAAAGGGGUCUCUCUCUCUCCCCCCCCCUCACAACCCCAUUGCCCUCCUCUCAUGGCGGAAGGGGAGCCCACCCUCUCCCUGCCGGGCCAAGGGGGUCUCUGGGCGCAGGAGAACCUGUGGGGAGGAGGGGGGAGAGGAAGGGAAGCGCCCCUUCUCUCUCAGGCAGCCCCAUGUCUCUUCCCACCCCCCGAGGCUGGGUCCAUCUCUGGGCUUCACAGAGGACCCCCCCCUGGGCUGGGGGGGAGGGACCCCCUUUGGCUUCCCUGGCUCAGCCCCUCCCCCACUCUCCUGACCCACAGGGGGAGGGGCAGCCCUUCCCUCCUUCUCACUCAGCCUCUCCCCUCCCAGCCUCCCGGUUUGCAGAUUGAGAACCACCUCCUUCUCUCCCCGCAAACCCAGGUCACCCCCAGAUAUGAUGCCCCCCCCGCAGCCAUCUCGCCCCCUGCUGUGGGGAGGAGGAAGGAGGGGGGCCAUGUCCCCAUGGAGCCCCCGAGGCAGCGCCGUCCCGUCCUCUUCCCAUCCCAACACAGGGAGGGGCUGCUCUGUCGAUGUAGCUCUAGGGGCAAGAGCAUCCCAAAAGGAACCGGAAGUGUCGCUGCUGAAAUGCGCCGGAAGUUUCCAGGAAAGGGGAGGAGGGGCGUCAGUGGAGAACCCCCCCCCAGCCCUUUCUAUUGCAGACAAGGAAAGCGGACUAAUCUGGAGCCAGGGAGGCGGAGGACCAAGAGGAAUCCCUGGGGUCGUGGGGCGCCUGGCUGGGUCCCUUUUGGCUUGGGAAACGGAGAGAGGGAGUCCAUGGAAGGGAGAAGAGCCUCGACAGAGACCCCUCCCCUUCCAGCACCCCUGACCCCCCCCCCAUCACCCAGCCUCCCUGCUGAGGGUGUUGGCUGUCCCAGAUCAUCUGUAUUCACUACGACUUAUCUCCAUACUUUGAUUUGUCCUGAAUACCACCAAUUAUAGCCUAGCCCAAACCCAAAAGUCCUGCUAGGAUGCAUCUUGGCUUCCCUGCUGAUGAAACUGAGUGUGUGAGGAUUGAUAAUAUUUUCAUUUAUCCGUUUUAGACCCCUAAGUAGUAGCAGCUGCCAGGACAUUGUCCUGUUCGCCUCUGUAUAGUUCCAGCCUUAUUUCAGACCUUGUGGUAGAUUGCAAUCAGGGUGGGUUUGAUAUAAAUCAAAUUGAUUUCAAUCACAAUUUACAGUAAAUCACUAGUCAGUAUGAUUCUAUUUAAAUCAAAAAUUUCUGAUUUGGUUACACUAUUAGAAAUACACAGACAGAUAAUUAUGAAAUCAUUCUGAGGUUUAAUAAGUUAACUGUCUAUAUUUGGACAACAGUUCUGCUGUAAUUUAUUGGAAGGAGAAAAAUAAUCAUUUCCUUAAUAACAACUUAAACGAUUUAUUUAACUAAAACAAUAAUAUUAUAGCAUGUUGGUAAAAAUAUUUUUUUAUAUCAAAAACAACAACCAAGCAGACUGAGUUUUAGCGCACAUGAAAAACUCGGAACUUGUGGAUUUCACCACCUCCACUACCAGCCACCCCUUUGGAUUGGCUUCUGCAUCCAGGUGCCUAUUCUGUACAGUUAAGUGUUAGUGCGGCUGUUGGAACCCAGUGGGAUUGGGAAGAGGUUGCCAGCCCUGAAGAGCCUUCAGCGCUUGCCUCAAGUCUUACUUGCACAA